GGCAGUGAGGGGGAGCGGGAAGUGCCACAUCAAAAUGGAUUACAAGACUGGGAGGAGGAAUAUUAGGACGCUACUCGUCCUCGUGGAAAUUCUCACACUUGUCUCUUGUGCUCCCCCGCGAUGUCAGCCGGGAGACCAAAUUCUAGGACGAUGUCAGGCGUCGGUUGAAGAGAAACCCAAAUGCACAGACAUGCUGCUGUCCUACUGUGACGACAUGGCGUACACCCAGACCAUGUUCCCAAACCUCAUUGGUCACCGGGUCCGUGAGGAGGCCGAGUCGAGCGCUGUGUACCUGCUGCUGAGCGUGGUGGACUCGCUGCUCAAUGGAGAGUGCACCCCGGACAUCCGCAUGCUGGGCUGCUCCGUGCUCGCCCCGCGCUGCGAGAAGAACCGUGUGCUGAAGCCCUGCCGCAGCACCUGCGAGGCCGUCCGCAAAAGCUGCGAGCAUGCCUUCGUGGGCAUAGAGAUGGCGUGGCCCUACUUCCUGGACUGCGACCGCUUCUUCGUCAGCGAACAGGAGGGCUGUUACAACCCCCUGGAGGGCCUCCGAGCAGAAGAAGAAGUGGAAGGCACUGAAAGCCUUCCUAGUGAGGAGCCCUCUACCAUAAUCCAGUUCUCCUAUCACUCCAACACGCAGAUGACAAACAUCUUGAAGAAGACGGAGGCCCGGUGCUCCGAUAUCGCCGCCACCUACAGCAUCGGACGCAGUUCAGAGGGCAAGGACCUGAUGGUGAUCGAGUUCUCAAGCAACCCCGGCCAACAUGAACUGCUUGAGCCUGAAGUAAAGUACAUUGGCAACAUACAUGGGAAUGAGGUUUUGGGCCGCCAGCUGUUGAUCUACCUGGUCCAGUACCUGUGUUCUGAGUACCUGCUGGGCAAUGAGCGUAUUCAGACCCUCAUCAACACCACCCGCAUCCACAUCCUGCCCUCCAUGAAUCCUGACGGAUACGAGGUGGCCUCUGCUGGCCUUCAGGACAGCAACUACGCCGAUGAUGAGGAGAGUUCCAGAUACAACAGCUGGGAAAAUGUCGGCCGCAACAACGCCCAGAACAUCGACCUGAACAGAAACUUCCCCGACUUGACGUCCGUCGUUUACAGCCGGCGGCGGCAAAAGCGCUACCGCACCGACCACGUCCCAAUCCCAGACUCUUACUGGUUUGGUAAGGUGGCGCCGGAGACUUACGCCGUGAUGAAAUGGAUACGGUCCCUUCCCUUUGUGCUCUCCGCUAACUUCCACGGAGGAGACCUGGUGGUGUCCUACCCCUAUGAUCUCUCCAAACACCCUCUGGGGCACAACCUGUUGUCCCCCGCUCCAGACGAACAGGUGUUCAAGCUGCUCAGCAGAACCUACGCUAACGCUCAUCCCACAAUGGCAAACGACACCGAGUGGUGCGGCACGUCUCGUCACAGUGAGGGAGGGAUUGUCAAUGGAGCCAAGAGGCUCAGCGUCGCGGGGGGUAUGCAAGACUUCAACUAUCUCCACACCAACUGCUUUGAGGUAACUGUGGACUUGGGUUGUGAUAGAUUCCCUGCUGAAGAGGAGUUGUACAGCGGCUGGCAAGAAAACAAGGAGGCACUGCUUUCAUUUAUGGAGUCGGCCCAUCGCGGCAUCAAAGGCCUUGUAAGAGACGAGAGCGGGAACGGGAUCAAAGGGGCGAGGAUAUCAGUCAUGGGAAUAAGACAUGACAUCACCACAGCUGAAAACGGAGACUACUGGCGCCUUCUCACCCCCGGCGUCCAUGUCCUGAUCGCCAAGGCCCCGGGCUACACCCGAGCCAUGAAGAAGGUCCACCUACCGGCUCACAUGCGUCAGGCGGGCAGGGUGGACUUUGUGUUGCAGAAGGCCACCCUGGAGCCCGACAUGGUCAAGGAGGAGGAGGAGGAGGACUACGGCCUCCCGUCCAUGGGCACCUACGACCGCUUUGACCCUUACAACCAGUAUGAGCGCUACACUGUCUCCGAGCUGAGUCAGAAUCAGGCGGAGCGGUCGGAGAAGCCCUGGUGGUGGGGCUACUUUGUGCGUUCGGGAGAUAGGUCCCCCACCUGGCUGCUGAGAAACUUCUAGAACUCAUCCGGAGAAGAGUGACAGGACAGGCAUCCUUUCCUUUUUCUAUAGCACAUAAUUCAAUUUAUCAUGACAAUAACACGCGGUUCGUUGUUGGUGCGUCGCAGUGGGAAAUGUAGGGAAGCUGGUUGGCUGGCCGUCAAAUAACCACCCUCCAUGUUACGUAUAAUAUAAUCUACUGUGUAUCUGUGCAGCGCUCUAGAUAACAUUGAGUACGUAAACCUUCAGCCUUUGUAAGCCUGUCUUUUUUAUUGUAUGCACCUGACAAUCACACUCCCACACUUUAUAACCACGAGGAAAGACAAGGAUAUGGAAGACUUAUAUUUUUAUGUUCACAAUACCACGUAAAUAAAUGUUGUAUCAACACCACAUUUUGCAUUUGUCAGUGAAU